AUGUCCCGGAAGAACGACCAUCAAGCCGAAUCCGAAACCGGAGCAUGGGGAGGAGAAUUUUCGAUGCCGGAAAUGAUGCGUCAAGUGGCUCAGCAGAACAACCGUUUGCUGAUGCUGUUGGAGCAAAUCACCGGUAACCAGGAGGCGACAACCCAGCGAAGCGCUCCAAAGAAGAUUCUCGAAUCCCUUGCCUCCAACAUCAAGGAGUUCCAUUUCGAUCCGGAAAAUGGCCUAACGUUCGACCGCUGGUUUUCGAAGUACGAGGAUCUGUUCCGGCAAGAUGGCAGAAGUUUAGACGACGCUGCGAAGAAAUCUCUGUUCAGCAAGCGCUACGACUGCCUCAAGCUCGAGAAGAGUGAAGCCGACGACUUCGUUUCGUAUGCCGGAAUCGUCAACCGGCAAUGCGAGGAUUUUGAACUGCAGAAGCUCACCGUCGACCAGUUCAAGAGUCUGGUGUUCAUCUGCGGUCUCAAAUCGACGAAGGACGCCGACGUCAGGACUCGAUUUCUGUCUAAGCUCGAGUUCGAUCAAGCUGACACCAUCAACCUGGAAGGCCUGGUCACCAAGUGCCAACGCCUGUCGAACCUCAAGCACGACACGGCGCUGGUGGAGAAGAAACCGACAUCUUCAGCGGUGCAUGCAGUACGGCACUCCAGAAAGCAGCCGUCCUACCAGCAGAAGUCGUCAGCCGACGAACGGCAGUGCAAACAGUGUGGGAAAACGGGCCACAAAGAGGGCUACUGUGGUUGCUUUUCAAAAACUUCCACGGAGUCCAGCGGCGAGAAGAAAACUGGCGCGAAGAAGACGAAGCCAUUCAACAAGAAGGUCAUCCAAACCGUACAGCAGGUUCGUAGCCGCCGGAGGUUCGUCACCGUCAUCUUCAAUCAAAAAUCAGCCCAACUGCAAUUGGAUUGCGGUUCCGAUAUCACCGUCAUCAGCCACCGAACAUGGAAAAUGAUUGGAGCACCUCCAUCAUCACCAACCAGCGUGGAAGCAUCAACGGCAUCAGGGGAACCACUAGAGCUGAUCGGCGAAUUCACUUGCCCGAUAACCGUCGGGGACACCACGUUGGCAACGGUCUGCUACAUCACAUCGGUUGCAGAUCUGAACGUCAUCGGACUGGACUGGAUGGACGCAUUCGAUCUCUGGUCGAAGCCGCUUGCUGCCUACUGCAAACAGGUGAAUAGUUCCAAUUUCUCGCUCUCCUCUGAUCAGCACUUCCUCACGCAAUACCCGGAAGUUUUUCAGGACAGUCUGGCCCACUGCACGAAAACCAAGAUUUCGUUGACCUUGAAGCAACACGCCCAACCAGUUUUUCGACCGAAGCGGCCGGUUCCGUUUCACGCUAUCCAGAAGGUGGACGAAGACCUGGAUCUGUUGGAGUCGAUCAUCAUCACACCCGUGGAUUUUUCCGACUGGGCGGCACCUAUCGUCGUAGUCAAGAAACCCGGCGGCAAGGUGCGGGUAUGUGCCGAUUACUCCACUGGGCUCAAUGCGGCACUCGAGAGCAACAACUAUCCACUUCCAACGCCGGAGGAGAUCUUCAGCAAAGUGGAGGUCGACGACGAGUCCAAGAAGUUGUUGACCAUCAACACCCACCGAGGCUUAUUCCGGUUCAACCGUUUGGCACCAGGUGUCAAAUCAGCCCCUGGGGCGUUCCAGCAGCUGAUGGCGAAGAUGGUAGCCGGUCUACGCGGCGUAGAAGUUUUCCUCGACGACAUUCUGGUGCACAGCAAGACGCUCGAGGAACACAACCGAAUCCUGCACAUGCUCUUCCGGCGCCUGCGUGAAUAUGGUUUUCACCUGCGAGUGGAAAAAUGCCGGUUCUAUCAAGAUCAGCUCAAAUACCUCGGACACAUCAUCAGUGCCAGGGGGAACCAACCGGAUCCAGCGAAAAUUGCAGCGAUUUCGGAGAUGCCUGCUCCAACCGACGUGUCCACAUUGCGCUCAUUCCUGGGUGCAGUCAAUUUCUACGGGAAGUUCGUCCGUGAGAUGCAUCAACUACGCCAUCCGUUGGACAACCUGCUCAAGAAAGACACGAAGUUCGUCUGGAAUCGAGAGUGUCAGCAUGCUUUCCAAAACAUCAAGCGCGUGUUGCAGUCAGAUCUUUUGCUCGUUCACUACAAUCCAGAGCAAGAGAUCAUCGUAGCGGGGGACGCUUCCAAAACAGGCAUCGGUGCGGUCAUUCUGCAUCGUUUCUCGAACGGCACCAUCAAGGCGGUAUCGCACGCAUCAAGAUCACUGUCCGCAGCAGAGCAGAACUACAGCCAGAUCGAAAAGGAAGCACUGGCAUUGGUUUUCGCUUGUACGAAGUUUCACCGCAUGCUGUGGGGUCGCCGUUUUACAUUGCAAACGGACCAUCAGCCGUUGCUGCGAGUGUUCGGUUCCAGAAAGGGCAUUCCCGUGCAUUCCGCAAAUCGACUCCAGCGAUGGGCCCUGACGCUGUUAGGGUACGACUUCCAAAUCGAAUACGUGGCAACGCAAGACUUCGGCUACGCUGACGUGCUGUCUCGACUGAUUAGCAAUCACCAGAAGCCCGAAGAAGAAGCAGUCAUCGCCGCAGUUCGAAUUGAAGAAGAUGUCAGUUCCUGCUUCCACGAUUCGUUCCAACAUUUGCCAGUCACCUACGAGAUGCUCAAGGCCGCCACCAAGAAGGACACCGUGCUGCAGAAGGUAAUUUCUUUCGUUCAAGGUACCUGGCCGGGGCGCUGCGAAGGCAUCCAAGACAUCGAGGUUAGAUCGUUCUUCAGCCAUCGUGAUUCCUACUCCGUAAUCGACGGUUGCCUCAUGAUGGUCGACCGAAUCGUGGUUCCAAUGUCCCUUCAAAAACGAAUCCUCAAGCAAGUACACGAAGGACACCCUGGUAUCGAGCGGGCAAAAGCAGUUGCUCGUGGAAUCGUGUUCUGGCCGACGAUGGAUGAAGACAUCAUCAGCUACGUCCGCCGGUGCUCGAGCUGUACAAGUGCUGCCAAAUCUCCGCCACAAGCUCAGCCACAACCAUGGCCUCGCGCUGAGGGACCGUGGCAACGCAUCCACAUCGAUUUUGCUGGACCUGUGGAUGGAAUGUACUAUUUAGUAAUGGUGGAUUCUUUCUCCAAGUGGCCGGAGAUUCUACAAACCCGUUCUCCUACAACCUCUACUACCAUCGCUUUCCUGCAAGAAGGUAUCUCUCGAUUCGGAAUCCCUUUGGUCAUCGUUUCCGAUAACGGAAGUCAGUUCACAAGCGCUGAUUUCCGUACGUUUUGCGAAAAGUUUCGAAUCGUCCACAUCCGAACAGCGCCCUACCACCCACAAUCAAACGGGCAAGCGGAAAGGUUUGUGGAUACGUUGAAGAGAUCGCUCAAGAAAAUCGUCGGGGGAGGAGAAACAUCAAUCGCUAGCGUACUGCAAACGUUUCUGUAUGUAUACCGAUCCACCCCGUCAACGGUGUUGAACGGUAAGUCUCCUGCCCAGAUCAUGCUUGGACGACCGAUGAGGACAACUUUGGACCUGUUGCGACCAUCACCGAAACCCGAUUUCCAGCCACAACUGUCAGGUAAACGAAGUUUCUCGGCAGGUUCCAAAGUAUUCGCCAAGGUCUACUCUUCAAACGAGAACUGGAAGUGGAUGCCUGGAACCAUUCUCGAAGCAAUCGGGAAUGGUUAG